UGUGUGUCGCUAAGCAAUAGACAACCGCUCGUUCUCUUGUCGACAACAUUCCAGAAGUAUCUGAGAGAAUACGCGCAUCGAGUUCUUCAGAGCAAUCUUCCGCGUGUGGGCGCCUUCUCCUCCUCGAUCACCAGUCUCUCCAAUACCAUCACAAGUGCGGCCAAUACUCGUGAAGGAGUGCUGUCAGCCGCCAGUUCUGCGGCCGGACUUCUCCAGAGUUUUCUCAAAGAAGCCGAAGGAGGAGUGAAAGUGUUGUCUAAAAGCGAGUUAUGCCAAGUCUGUAGUGUUUUAUUGACCGCUAAUUACUGUUUGGAGACAACACAACAAUUGGAGAAAAAAUUACAGGAAAGAGUUGACCAGACAUUGACUGAUAAAAUCAAUAUGAGUCCCGAACUCGAUAUCUUUCAUGGCAUUAUUUCAAACUGUAUUCAACUUCUAAUACAUAAUAUCGAAGCC